CGCAGGCGCAGUGCGCUCGGCGGGUACAGGGGGUUGCUGGGCUCUUUUGUUUGGCGGAGGGCGGAUCGCGAGCGGCCAGGCCUGUGGCGCGGCGCCGACGGUAACGGUUCCCCGCCGACCUCCACCGCCUCAGCUCGGCCCGGCCGCCGCAGCGCGUAGCCCCCGCCCCCACGGCUCCGUUUCCCCCCGGGCAUCGUUGGCGAGGCUGUGAAAACAGCGUCGCCCUUAAGCUGAAAAACUGGCCAGCACAAUGGGAAAAAAGCAGAACAAGAAGAAAGUGGAGGAGGUCUUAGAGGAAGAAGAGGAGGAGUAUGUGGUGGAGAAGGUCCUAGACCGGCGAGUGGUGAAAGGCAAAGUGGAGUAUCUGCUGAAGUGGAAAGGCUUCUCGGACGAGGAUAACACGUGGGAGCCGGAGGAGAAUCUCGACUGCCCCGACCUCAUUGCAGAGUUUCUCCAGUCCCAGAAAACCGCACACGAGAGUGAGAAAUCUGAGGGGAGCAAACGCAAAGCCGAAUCUGACUCAGAGGACAGAGGGGAGGAGAGCAAACCAAAGAAGAAAAAGGAAGAGUCGGAGAAACCACGAGGCUUUGCCCGGGGGUUUGAACCUGAGCGGAUCAUCGGCGCCACAGACUCCAGCGGGGAGCUCAUGUUCCUGAUGAAAUGGAAGAACUCUGAUGAGGCUGACCUGGUCCCCGCAAAGGAAGCCAACAUCAAGUGCCCCCAGGUGGUCAUCUCGUUCUAUGAGGAGAGACUGACAUGGCACUCUUACCCCUCGGAAGACGACGACAAGAAAGAGGACAAGAACUAACCCACGCCGGCUCUGGCCAACCUUUGUAUAAAGAUCAGACUGUGGGUUUGAGCGACAGUGAGAGAAUGCAGCUCUACUUAGCGGAGAGGUGGCUUGAGAAGAUGCCCUUUGAAGAGACAGUAUGGUUUCUGUGCCCUGCGGCUGCCCAAGUGUCCAGCUUCACACCAGCCUGACGUGACGGGGAGGGGGAGAUGUGUUUCAAGGCUGGCUGUUCUGCAGCUUUCUGGAGAGGAAGUGAAAGCCCCUUCCAUGAAGAACUCUCGCUGGUGCUGGGUAGGCUGGGGAAAGGGAGAGCAGAUGGAUACUGCUUGUUCUUCAAAGACCAUCUCAGCAACCCACAGCCUUCUUCCCAAUAGUGUUAACUCUGCAUUUUUACAGCGUAGCAUGUGUGUAGGUUUUUUCUUUUUGCUAUUACUGGUGUAUCAGUUUCGGGUGGGGGUGGGUCUUUUUAAAGGGGGGGAGGGGAAAACGGUUGACAGUGUUCCAGAUCCAUGACCAGAAUCCUUUUUUAUAAAGACCUUGAUUAACUUAAAACCCCAAGUAUUGGUAAUAGGACUAGGGGGAGGGACAAUGGUAUGAGACUGAAGCUGUGAAUGUCCAAAUUGUCAAUCCCUAGAGCAAUGUUAU